AUGGCGGCAAACCUACCAAGCAAGCAACACUGCACACACGAGCCGGAGGACUUCGGCGACAUACAACAGCGUCUAAAUGCAACUUUUGCCCGAUUCUGGACGAAGUUGCUGGAAAAGAUGCAAACACCUCAGGCAAAAUCACAAACCCUACCCUACAGGGGUGAGCGGAACCAUGAGAGCAGGGUGAAGAGAGAGACACCCUUGAAUAACAUGGCGGCAAAACGACAGCAUGUAAGUGAGACACAACACAUGCCACCCAACACCAGGCACCCCGAGCACCACCUAGUCUCACAGAAGUCCCACUCAUACAAGCGCCCCAAGCAAACUUCCCAGGCUCCCCGCCUGCGCACAGGCAUCAGACACCUGCUGUGGCCUGCGCCCAACUCCACCGCUGAAAUCAAGAUGGCGGCGGAGGCACCUGUGACAGCAACACAAGGCCCGCAAGCGACACCCGAGGAACGGCUAGAUACGCUGUUCAGCAACUUCUGGCGGAUGCUGCAGGACAGAGAGGCACAGGCUAACAGGGAGCAGAGGAGAGAAAGCAAACCUCUUGUCCGUCCUGCCUCCCUGGCAGACAAACGGUGGCAAAAACCCAUGGUUCCCGGCACUGUGCAGUGGGGGAGACAGAUGACCCACUCACCAGGCACCCGCUCAUAUCCCAAACGGACCAGAGCUCGUAACAACCUUCCUGGGCAGAGGGCCCAAAGGAAACCUCCACUCCAAGGGAAACACAUCAUCUUCCGAGUUCCCGCUCGCGGCUGUGAGUCCGAACGAUGGGGUGGAAACCACACAAGGGUUCCUAGAAGGGUCCGGCAGGACAAGCAACCGAGGAUUCUCACCUCUCCGGGUACUCCACCAAGCACACAGCGGCACCAGCCUCACGUUGCUCCGCUGGACCGUAAACCAAGCUGCUGUCCAAACCCAUCAAACGGGCUCACACCUAUGUGCACACACAGAGAGGAUGGUCCACACUGACGCGGUGAGCCGAAGAGGAAUGCGGGAAGAAACACACUACCCUGCAAAUGGGUCUGGACUGUGCCAGACAGCUAUGGGCAUAGGCUGA